GUCGAUAUAAACGGGUUCUUUCAUCCUCUAAAAUAACCACCCAAAAUGGCUUCUCCCCAUUCCAUCUAUGAAACUUCUCUUCUACUUUUGCUUAGUUUUCAAUUACUUUGGACCAUUUCUGAAGCUGUAGUGCCUGCUUCAGACACCUUCACGUACGUAAACGAAGGUGAUUUUGGAGAUUAUUUCGUGGAGUACGAUGCAAAUUAUCGCGCCCUUCCGCCUUUUAGUAACCCAUUCCAGCUUUAUUUCUACAACACCACCCCCUAACGCAUUCACUCUAGCCCUUCGUAUGGGAACAGUCCGAUCUAAGUCCCUCAUGCGUUGGGUUUGGGAAGCAAACCGGGGAAACCCAGUUCGUGAGAACGCCACCCUCACCUUCGGUGCAGAUGGAAACCUUGUCCUGGCGGAUUCUGGUGGCCGGAUUGCCUGGCAAACUAACACCGCCAACAAAGGUGUCGUCAGUUUUCAGACGCUGCCAACUGGUAACAUGGUUCUUCAUGAUGGCAAGGGAAAUUUCAUAUGGCAAAGCUUUGACUACCCUACGGACACUCUCUUGGUGGGUCAAUCUCUCCGAGCUGGUGGUGCCAGUAUGCUGGUGAGCCGAGCUUCUGACGAGAACAACAUCAAUGGACAAUAUAGCUUGGUCAUGGAGCCUAGACACCUAGCCAUGUAUUACAAGAGCGCCAACUCGCCUAUUCCAAUGCUUUAUUGGUCCUCUAUCGAAUGGUUCACCAUUAUGAAGGGUAGUUUGACUAACCUAACUCUUAAUUCAGUCACAGAUCCUGAUGAGGGGUUUCUUUAUUAUAUGAGUUUCGAUUACUUCACCACAAACCCCUCAUCCAGUUCGAAUCGCUUCAUGGCCUACUCAAGAUACAACAACACGUUAUCUUAUCUUAGACUUGGGAUAGAUGGGAAUCUUCGAUUCUACACGUAUACUCCAAAUGUGCAGGACGUCGCCUGGGAACUGGUAUACACGUUUCUCGACAGGGGUUCCUUGGAAGGCGAGUGCCAGUUGCCAGAACGAUGUGGGAAGUUUGGGUUAUGUGAGAAUAGCCAAUGUGUCGCAUGCCCAACACCAAACGGACUAAGUGGGUGGAGCAAAGAUUGUGAGGCAAAGAAGGUGUCUUGUAAAGCAAGUGACUUUGGGUACUACAAGCUUGAAGGUGUUGACCAUUUUAUGAUUACGUACACAACGGGAGAUGGUGGAAGGAAGCAAAGCGAGUGCGAAAGCAAAUGCACCAAGGACUGUAAAUGCAUGGGAUAUUUCUACCACACGGAUGAUUCAAGGUGCUGGAUUGCUUAUGAUUUGAAAGCAUUAACACGAGUUGAAAACUCGGCUCAUUUGGCGUACAUCAAAACACCUAAGAAGUAA